GACUUUUCAGGGAGUUUCACUUUAAUGGAGGUCAUUCUGUCCGCCUUUUGGCAUUCGUGUGUAAAAGGGGCUGGGAAAACAUGGAGGGUCUCUAUUGGAAUUGGGUGAAUGUUUAGGCAGGUGAAGGAGGCGACAAUAAAGAACGGACGGGCGUUUGGGGAAGGAACAUAAGAUUGCUUACUGGCAAGUCAAAAAGCAGCUGUUUAGACUGUGUGUGAGUCAUCAUCCUCUUCAGUCUCAGCUCACUGCCUCCAGUGUUUGUGUGUGUGUGUGUGUGUGUGCGUGUGUGUGUGUGUGUGUGUGUGUUUUCUUGUAUUUCUACCCUUCUUGAGACAUCAACAAGGAAAAGUACCUUCCAUAUGAGGACCGGUGAACAAGUUAGGACAUAAAUCAUGGUCCCAAAACGGAAAACCAUUGCAUCUAAUAGAGAAUGUCUCAUUUGCACCCCUGGUGGUGAACUCUAUCAAAAUUAGGGUGGUCCCAAAAAGGAGGGAUUUUUCAAAUUGACAGUGUGUUGGUUUUAAAAGUGCUCCCCCUCUGGUCAACAUAUGAAAUAACAAGUGUGUGUAAGAAAUUGAAAUGCGCCUCCUGUGGCCGAAAUUAAUUUAAAAAAAAAUAAAUAAAAACAAUGUAUAUAGAGACCUACUGUAAUAACUUGAAGUACAUAAUGAAGAUUAAAAACCAAUUACAAACAAAAAAUUCAAAAAAAUACAAAAUUUACUAAAACCUUACCUUUUUUAUAUUUGCUAUGUAUGUAUAUAUUAUUAAUGUUGUAAAUACAAAUCUUUAUAUAUCUAGAAAGGGUGGUCCUAAAGAGGUAGGCAUUUUUCGGAGGUCUCAAGAAGGUAACAAAUACAAGAAUGUGUGUGUGUGUGUGUCCCAUGAGGGAGAGAGAGAGAGAGAGAGAGAGAGAGAGAGGCCAAUAGGUCCUGAAAUAGAGCAUGCUGACUGGUGUGUAGGCUGGGUAGAGCAGAGGCAAUGUGAUACCAUGCCAGUGUGAGAAAUGCACUCGUGUGGAAAAAAAGGUGGAGAGAAAGCAGCAAAAGGGGAAAACUGUGUGAAAGGGGAGAGAGAGAGCGAGAGAGAGAGAGAGAGGGUAGGAGGGGCGUGUCCAGAUUGAGAGGGAAAAUGCUGGUGGUGGUUCGCAAUGCACACACACCCACACACACUCUAGUCUCCGCAGUUUCUCUUUGUGCUGUUUCCUUUGAGGAUUCUAAGGAGCUCAGAUUCCAGGGAAGUUUCAAGAAGAUUUAAGUUAUUUCAAAGUUAUUAGUUUUAUUGUAAGACGCGGUGGACAUGGGCUACAUGAAGGGGCUCCUACUUCUACUCGGUGUGAUGUGCACACUGAGCACCUGCACACUUGAGUGCCCCAGAGGAUUCAACAUGGAAGAAGACAUCUGUGUUGAUGUGAAUGAGUGCCAAGAAGCUCCACCACCGUGUGGGCAACACAUGCAGUGCGUCAACACAAACGGCAGUUAUACGUGCCAUUGCCUGCCGGGCUUCACGCUCAUUGACAAAUGGAGUAACUUGCAGUGCGUAGACGAUAACGAGUGUGAUACCAAGGACAUCUGUGGUCUCAAGGCCUAUUGUAGAAACCUGAUCGGGAGCUACGAGUGCGCCUGCUACGAUGGCUACGUGAACACCAACACGAGUAGACAUUGCAUAGAUAUCGAUGAAUGCACGGAAACUGAGAAACGAAGAGAAGACAUCUGUGGAAGUAAGGGAGCGUGUAAAAAUACAGAUGGGAGUUAUUGGUGCAAGUGUGCAAAAGGAUACACCAAUUAUGGCUUUGAAGGAACUCCAUGCUCUGAACUGGAUUGUGGAACAUUUGAAGCUGAGAAUGUUACACAGCAUAAUGCAGGUCUGACGGAUCUUUUGUCCAUGAUGAGAAACAGCUGUGUGGCUCUGUCUAACCCCAAUACCAGUGGGGCUAAUGGAGAUGCGCUACUGGAGAAACUCUUAACGGCGUCAGAGAACAUCCUGUCAUCGGUGGACAUGGACUCCACUGAAGACAUGUAUGAGCUGCUCAGCACAGUGGAGAACGCCAUCAGACUCAUUGGCCCACAGCUCAAAGGCAACCUUACCAAGAUGGAUUCCACUGAGACAGAUGUGGCGAUUGCAGUACAGAGAGGAAGUUCUCCACCCACUGGACCGUUUUAUCUGAAGACUGAAAACGCAACGCUCAACACUGACUGGAAAACAGCAGCAGGAACUGAAACUUAUCCAGGCUUUGCUAUGGCGGCCUUGUUGAGCUACAAGAACCUGGAGAGAUCUGUAAACCGCUCCUUUGACCAGCUCCAAGGUUUCGAAAAAGAUGGCACUGUACCGACUUUCCAAAUCUUCUCCCGGGUAGUGUCAGUUGUGGUGUCCAACCCAUCCACUCAGAACCUGAGCCACCCGGUCGUUCUCACGCUCAGACAUCUCCAGGACCAAUCUGAGGCGAGUUACAUCUGUGUGUACUGGAAUGACCGAGGCGCCUGGUCCACAGAUGGUUGCCAUCGACAACGCUCCAAUGCUACUCACACUGUGUGUCAAUGUGAACAUCUCAGCAGCUUUGCCGUGCUGAUGGCUCUCUAUCCUGUGGAUCAAAACUUUGCACUCCUGUUGAUAACAAAGACAGGCCUGAUCGUGUCCCUGCUUUGUCUGAGCAUUUGCAUCCUGACGUUCAAGUUUUGCCGCUCUAUUCAUGGGACCCGCACAACCAUCCAUCUGCAUCUCUGUAUCUGCCUCUUCAUCGCUGACCUCAUCUUCCUGGCUGGCAUUUCCCAAACAAAACCCGAGGGCGGCUGCAGGUUUAUUGCCGCCAUGCUCCAUUUUUUCUUCUUGGGAGUGUUUGCAUGGAUGCUACUAGAGGGUGUGCAGCUGUAUCGGAUGGUGGUCCUGGUCUUCAACGUCACCAUCAGGCCCCUCUACUUAUUCCUCUUCGGCUACGGGACACCCUUGGUUAUCGUCAUAGUGUCUGCCAUCAUCAGACCCAAAGGAUACGGCACUAAGGAUCUCUGCUGGCUGUCCCUCCAAGACGGCCUCAUCUGGAGCUUCUAUGGUCCCGUGUGCGUCAUCAUCUUCCUCAAUGUCUUCUUUUUCAUCGUCACUGUUUGGAAGCUGGCCCAGAAGUUUUCCAGCCUCAACCCCGACCUCAGCAAGCUGAACAAAAUAAAAACCUUCACGGUUACAGCCAUAGCCCAGAUGUGCAUUCUGGGACUCAUGUGGGUGUUUGGAGCCUUUCUGUUUAAGAAGGGCCACAUUGUGGCAGAAUACUUCUUCACCAUCUUGAACAGCUUCCAGGGAGCUCUGGUCUUCAUCAUGCACUGCCUUCUAUCCAAGCAGGUGAGAGAGGAGUACUACAACUUUCUGUCCUGCAUAUGCAUGCAGAAGAAAAAAAGAUACUCUGACUUCAGUAGUACACGUCCAUCCAAUAGCCAAUCACAAGGUUCUCGGAGUGGGCAGAACACUGGAGAAUCACAAAUAUGAGUAUCUCCCUGUAUAAGUUGUAAAUAAUUGAUACACCUUAAUUGAGCCGAGUCAUCCUGAUGGUGCAUUCAGGUACCAAGAUAGUGUUUGCCAUGUCAUGAAGUUAAAUUCAGAGUGGCCAAUGCAGCCAAACCACCAGUAGACGUAGGAUUAUGAAGAAUUUCAUCUUGAACAUAUCUUUAUCAUCAUAUAAGCUAUAUUACGUAGUGCGGUAUUGACUAUUUAUUAAGUACAGACAUCAUAGAUUUUAUCAUAGGAUACUUUUCCUAGUACAACAAUGGGUAAUAUCUUAAGGGUCCCUUAGAGAAGAUAGCCUCCCUGCACUGUAUCGAACCAUACGAGUUGAUUUCAUUGUGGACAAAACAUAAUUUAUAACAUGCCUCAAGUGUGGUGAUCACACAACUCCACGAGGUAUCAAACAAAAUACGUAUCUUGAAUCACUUUUGGCUCAUUUUGGGGAUGGGCCGAACACCACUUUUUCAUAUCCAUUACCGACGGCCGCCAUGGACGAUACUGCACAGUCUACCGAGUCAAAUUCCUUGUGUGGUAAACGAACUUGGCCAAAAAAGCCGAUUCUAAUUCCGCUGCUUUUUGUAUCUGCUGAUACUGAUACCAAUCCAAUACCUUCUUUUCUCAUUGCAAUGUUAUCAAACUAGAUUUGAAUGCAAGUAUUUUGGUCAAAAUACAUGUUUAAAAACACCAUGUUCAAACUGGGCAACAAAUAUAUCUAAUUAUUCUGUUGGAUUGUUUGAUAUUUGCUACAGUAGUACCUCAACUUAUGAAUGAAUCAGAAUUAAUUUAAGUUGCCCCCCAAAACAACACGAUUUUAACAUGUAACAUGCCUUUUAAAAAUAAAAACAAUCUUUUAAGUAAGAAAUAUUGGUAACACUUUAGUAUGGGGAACAUAUUCACCAUUAAUUAGUUGCUUAUUAACAUGCAAAUUAGUAACAUAUUGGCUCUUAAUUAGUCACUAUUAAGUACUUAUUAAUGCCUUAUUCUGCAUGGCCUUAUUAUACAACCAGUAAGCCAUUAACUAAGAGUCUUCCCUCAAUAACCUCAGAAGUAUUGCUUAUUAGUAACCCUAACCCUUAUACUUUAUGUUCCCCUUGUGUCCAAAUAACUCUAAAUUAAGUAUGUGUUACUUUAAUAAGCAACUAAUUAAUGGUGAAUAUGUUCCCUAUACUAAAGUGUUACUGAAAUAUUGUAUAUAAACUAUACAAGAGAAUGUACUACUAACAACUACAGUAGUUUUAUUAAGUAAAUCAUACAACAUUUACCUAGGAGAGUGGACUUCUACGGUAUCUCCUUCCAGCUGCUUCUUAGUCAAACACACCAUCAGCAGAUGGCAUUUACACUCAUUCUGUUCCUGUAAGGUGCAGACUAUCAGUGAUACGCUCGAACUUCGCUGUCAAGUGUUUGAUGUUUUUUUCUUUAAUUCAAUGAAUAUCAUCAACUUCACUGUCCUUCACGUUCACUUUUUUUUCCCAAUUUUCGGAAAACAAAGUUAUGUUGAUCUCAAGCUAUAAGCUAAUGCUAGCGAGUAAGAUCAGAUGUUUUGGGCGGAUCUUACGGGCGUCACUGUGACAUUUGCUACACCAGCUCAAGGCGGGAAUGCUUGUCACGCAAAUUUUUGCUUGCAACUUGAAGCAUAACAACAAGCCGCUUGAAAACUCUUAUUUUAAAACACUCUUAAGCUGGGGCACUCUUAGAUUGAGGUACCUCUGCAUUACAUAUUAAUUAUCUUUAGAUUGAUUUUUAUCAAUUCAAUUUCCCACAACAUGAUUCAAAUCAUGCACCUCAGCUUCUGCUGCUUAAACUGAACAAAGCUUUUAGUAGCAUUUUUUAAUGGUUGUCAGACACAGCAGUACCAUUCAAUAAAAGUGACUAAAGUAAAACAUAUUUGCAAAAGUUAAAUCUGAGGCAAAGGACAAAGGAAUUUGAAUUCCAGUGAACUGAAAUACCUUACAUUUAAAAGGGCCUAUACUUGAAUAACAAUAACACAGCAAAAUAAAGCGAGGCGAGUUUAUUUAUAGAGCACAACUUGUACACAAAAAUUAGAAGAAGGCAAAAAUAAUCAUUAAAAUAAUCGUAAUUCAAAUUAAAAUCAGGAAAUAAAAUCAUCAUAAAACAAUCAUAAUUGAAAAAAUACAAUUAUUUCAGUUGUCAUAUGCACAAUAAAUACCGUAUUUUUCGGACUAUAAGUCGCUCCAUACAUCGCACUGGCCGAAAAUGCAUAAUAAAGAAGGGAAAAAACAUAUAUAAAUCGCACUGGAGUAUAAGUCGCAUUUUUUGGGGACAUUUAUUUGAUAAAACCCAACACCAAGAAUAGACAUUUGAAAGGCAAUUUAAAAUGAAUAAAGAAUAGUGAACAACAGGCUAAAUAAGUGCACGUUAUAUGACGCAUAAAUAACCAACUGAGAACGUGCCUGGUAUGUUAACGUAACAUAUUAUGGUAAGAGUCAUUCAAAUAACUAUAACAAAUAGAACAUGCUAUACGUUUACCAAACAAUCUGUCACUCCUAAUCGCUAAAUCCCAUGAAAUCUUAUACGUCUAGUCUCUUACGUGAAUGAGCUAAAUAAUGUUAUUUGAUAUUUUACGGUAAUGUGUUAAUAAUUUCACACAUAAGUCGCUCCUGAGUAUAAGUCGCACCCCCCGCCAAACUAUGAAAAAAACUGCGACUUAUAGUCCGAAAAAUACGGUAGAAGAUUUUCCAACCUGGAUUUGAACUUUGCCAAUGUUGAGGCCUGUCUCACAACUGCAGGGAGACUAUUGUAGAUUUUAGGAGCAUAAAACUGAAAUGCAGCCUCACCAUGCUUGGUCUUAACUCGGCACCAGCAGGAGACCACUCCCUGAGGUUCUCAGAGGCCCAGAUGGUUCAUAUGGUUCUGACAUGUCAGAGAUGUACUUUGGCACUAGACCAGGGAAAUACUUGUACACAAGGAGAGCUGUUUUAAAGUAUAUUCUCUGAGCAACCAGAAGCCAGUGCAGUGACCUAAGCACUGGACUAACAUGGUCGUAUUUCCUGGUUCUAGUCAGGACUCGAGCAGCAGCAUUUGGAUGUACUGUAGCCUCCUAACGGCUCGUUUAGAGAGCCCAGUUAGAAGACAAUUAUAGUAGUCAAACCUGCUGGAGACAAAGGCAUGGAUUAAUCCUUCUAAGUCUGAUUUAGACAUUAUUCCUCUGAUUUUGGCAAUGUUUCAGUUGAUUAUAAGCUGCUGAUGGUAUUGACUUAAUGUGGCUGUUAAGAAGGUGCUGCAGUGUUGACCGUAACUUCAAUCAUUAUUGUUUAUAAACUUACAAUUAGUAGCAUAUCCACUUCAAAAUAUACAAUAGGACACAGUUUUUGCCCAGUAUCGGACCAUCCCUAUAGUUAUUUUGCUAGGAGUACACUUUCUAUAUGUGUGCAUUAUCGUUACUUAAAGGGGUUGACUGAAACAAAUGAGGCCCAAAAAGAUACUUUGGGAGUUUGAAAAGUGUUUAUCUGUGCACAUUCCUGUGAUCAAAAUGUGUUUGUGGAUUAAAACCCCAAGUUAACGUUCGUUUUUUGUAAAAGCUGCUCUCCGCUUUGCGUCAAAGUUACUGCAAGGUUUCAAUCUUUGGAGAAAUAUACCUUAAAUCGUAUUGUCGCACUUUUCUUUUUUUUUCUUUUUCUCCAGAAACAAGCUUCAUUGUUUGCAUUUUGUGACUUGAAAACGCUCUUCUUCCUAUAGAACAGUCGACUUGAUGUGAAGUAAUUUAUAGAGCUGAAUCCUACAGUAGGAUGUCAGUGUCCCACUAGAAGACGACAAGGACAAUGUUUUGGUGUAAAAGUCCUGUAUGUUUGUUUACAUUUCAAUCUUGUCAUGCCGUCUUUGACAAUAUAACUGUUCUUUAGUACGAAGUUUAGCUGCAUUUAUUUUCUAGAAUUCUUUUAUGUGGUUUUUUUUGGCAUCUGGUGAAUGUAAUAUUUUGACUAUUGACUAGUGAAGGUAUAUAAACAUAUUUUUCUACUUUGUUGUUUUUCUACUGUUUUCUUGAAAGAUUAUGCACCAGAUAUUUUAUUAAAGUUUCUAUCAUUACACUGGACUCUGGCUGACUUAAGACACUAUGUACAAUGUGCAAAGAUAAUCGUGCACAGUUUUGAUUGACACUGUCCCAGCUGAUUUGAAAGUAAAUCAGCAACAAGUCAAUUCCAAUACUUAUUCUUAUUCUUAAUCCCUAGUCACGAGCCUGGCCUAAAAAAAGUUUACCACCUGGAUUUGCUGCAGUUGGUCAGGUCUAGCUUCAGCAAUGGUAUGUGUCCAAAGAAUGAGGUCAUCUGGUUAUCCGACCUUCCAUAAAUUUUCUACCGCUUGUCCCUUUCGGGGUUGCUGGAGCCUAUCCCAGCUACAAUCGGGCGGAAGGCGGGGUACACCCUGGACAAGUCGCCACCCCAUCGCAGGGCCAACACAGAUAGACAGACAACAUUCACAAAAACAAUUAACACACUAAUUUAGUGUUGCCAAUCAACCUAUCCCCAGGUGCAUGUCUUUGGAGGUGGGAGGAAGCCGGAGUGCCCGGAGGGACCUCGAGACCGGGGAUCGAACCCAGGACCUUUUUAUUGUGAGCACAAGCACUAACCUCUGUUUCAUGUUUGCUGGCAUCUUGCCAUUUUGAGGACAAUGUGAUUAAAUCAGAUCAAUGACCCUUAAAAGUUCAUCCGGUUAUGACCAGGUUAUUUAUUAACAAUGUAUUUUUUCUUAUUUAUAUAGCAAUUUUCAAGAAGCCGUUAUUUAUCCUCUCCACGGUCACACUUAAUCUAAAAUAAAGACUGAAUAUUACAGCAGGGGUGUUUUUUU